ACGGUUGGUUCAGAUCGGAGUCGGACGGGCGGCGCUGGCGGACCGGAAGCCGGAGGAGAAGGUCAGGGGAAGAUCGGCGGGGGGAUGAGUGGCGGCCCUCUGCUUCGAGUGGUGCUUCGGAGUCUGGGGAUCGGCGGCAACGUUCUCAGGCUUGACACUCCUGCCUCGAGCCGUGCGCUGCUUCAUGCUUCCCAGGGACACCAGCUGCCAUUUCGGGCCGUUCAUUCAACACCAACGUUUUACAAUGUGAAAGUCACAGCUCAGCCUGCGGAGGAACAAGUGGGUACCUUCACAAAACUGGUCGAAGCACUAGGAUUCACAGGACCUCUGAAGUACAGCAAAUGGAAAAUUAAGAUUGCUGGCCUGCGCAUGUACACUUGCUGUGUGGAGAAAACCGACUAUGAAGAACUCUUCGAAAGAUGCAAUUUGCCUGACACUUUGAACUCCUGGUUCCUUGUUGCACAGCUUCAUGUCUGGAUGUCGUUGGUACGCAUGAAGCAGGAAGGCCGAGAGGGCAAGUAUAUGUGCAAGUACAUUGUGCACUCUAUGUGGGAAGACCUGGAGCAGCGGGGCAAAGUAAUGAGGAUUGAAUCUGGAGUGUUGAAGGAACACAUACGAAUUAUGACGCAAAACUUCUACGCGGCCAUUUUCGGGUACGACGAGGGGAUUUUAUCGGAUGACCAUGUGUUAGCUGCGUCCCUGUGGCGACACUUCUUCAGUAAACAGUGUGAGGACCCAAGACAGUUGGAGCUGAUGGUUGAAUAUGUCCGCAAACAGAUGCAGUACCUGGACUCGAUGAAUGGGCUGGACCUGCUGCUUACAGGAGAGAUCAAGUGGCGACCUCUACUGGAGGACAACCCCCAGAGCGUGCUGAAGCCUGAGUCUCCAGCCUACAAUGACGAGGGGCUCUGACCAGAGGGUACCGUCUAACCGAGGGGCCCAAACACUUCCCUCGCUCGGUUGCAGAAGCGUUAGCGACAAUCAUCGCCGUGGCUAGGAUAACCCGAAACCUUCCUCCAACUUGAAAUAGCAUAGUAUUUAUCCUUGGGUUUCUCUCUCUUGCCCUCUGCCCAAUCCACCUGUUAGGAGUGUCAUGUUUUGCCUGUCAGCCGGUCCCGCUCCCUAGACCCCAGGGAGGUGAGAUAAGAUAUCCUCCCUACCUUCUGGUGCGGGGUGGGCAAGGUGGAUGGCAUUUUCACCUGAUGUUAAUGCCUGGUUAACUGAAGAGGCCUUCAGUAGAGGCCUUCCGCAAGAUCUGCAGUAUUAUAAACUCCAAGCUAAACAACUGGACAACAAGGCAACACAGUUUGAAAGGGUAAGACGCGCCUCAUGUUUCUGGUAGCCAUGAGAAGUCAUUGAGCUGAAACCUCGUGAUUAAUCUUACCUGUCGGCAAUCUAACCAUGUGGCUUCUGUGUUGAUGUUAAACUAAUGGGGCCUAAAGAUCAAACACACCGUAGAAAUGUGUGCACAAGGAACUGCAGAUGCUGGUUUACACACAAAAAAGAAUCAAAGGUGCUGGUGUAACUCAGCAGGUCAGGCAACUUCCUGGGUGAGCGUAGAUUGACGAUGUUUUGGGUUGGGACCCUUCAUCAGACUGAUUGUUGUAGGGGUGAGGAAGCUGGAAAAGAGGCCUCUGUAAUUUACCCGAGUGUCUAGGCAGGGAAUGGAUGAGAAAAUGGGAUAACAAAACCUGGUAAAUCUUCCGACUGGAGAAGGGUCCCACCUAUCCAUGUUCUUAGGCAACACCCUAGCAAAACUGUAGAAGUGUCCCGACCCAAAACGUCGCCGAUCCCUGUCCUCCAGAAAUGCAGCCUGACCCGCUGAGUUACUCCAGCACUCUGUGCUUUUUAUAGACAGGUGCAAUGGGAGGGUGGAAUGAGACGGGCGUCAGAAGAACAAAGCUCACACACUGUCCUGUCGCUUUUUUUUAAACUGCAAACCCUCACUGAAAUCUUAAAUCGUAGGAACAUACUCAAAAGCGGGCCGUUAAGUGUGGGAUAUACACCGUGAUUCAAUAAGGAAGUGAUGUUUCAUCGGCACAAGGAGAAACCGAUUACGUCAAUACUAGUUCAUCGGCUUUGCAGAGGAAGCAAGAUUGUUGGAAAAGAAGGGAGUUAAAGGCCGACAAGUGCCCCCUCCCCCCUGACAUCCUUCUGACAAGAGUCCAUGUAUACUUCUCAAGUGGGAUAUGGGAUGGGUUUGAUUCCAAGUGUUGUGAGCCUCAGCUUGAUCUCCCUGGAACCUAAUCACAGCCUCACCUCCAUUCCUGCUCCAUUUUUCUUGCCAUUUAAAUUCUAGGGGCAGAAUUAGGUUAGUCGGCCUAUCAAUUCAACUCCACCAUUCAAUCAUGACUGAUCUGUCAACCCCAUUCUCCUGCCUUCUCCCCAUAAUCCCUGACACCCACACUAAUCAAACAUCCGUCAAUCUUUGCCUUCAAAAUAUCCACUGACGUGGUCUCCACAGCCGUCUGGAAAUGAAUUCCACAGAUUCACCACCCUCAGAUGAAAGAAAUUCCUCCUCAUCUCCUUUCAAAUGGUACAUCGUUUUAUUCUGAGGCUAUGGCCUCUCUUCCUAGACUCCUCCACUAGUGGAAGCAUCCAGUCCAUGUCCACUCUAUCCAGGCCUUUCACUAUCCGUGGAGUUGGUGGGCUGAAGAUCGUGGGAUUUGGUGAAGAAAAGUUGAGGCUGCAUGAACUACUGGUACAGGAGACGGCCCAGAAACAAAGUCAACAUAUAGAAAAAUAUAUAUUUUGGCUUUUGUGAAGUUCUUUCGGUUUGUAUUAAAACACUUCUCAGCAAUGGGGAUUUCACUAUUGUAUUGUAUCUGAUAAUUUAUCGGUAUUAAAGUAUAAAUAUUCACUUCACAUGAUUCAAAACU